AUGGACACCCCCAAGGUCUAUCGCGCCGUCGUGCGAGAGGUCUACAAAGCCUCCAUCUCAUCACGCGUAACGAGAUCAAAGACAAUUCCUGCGAAUUUCCGUGCCGUCUUCGAGCAGCAAAAUAAAGGUGGCCAAACUCAACAUUUCCACCAUGACAUGCAAAAUGCCGUGACAUUUUUGCAAUCACAGAGAAUGUACAAGACACUUCUCGACCGCUAUAACCCGUUGCAUGACUUGACAACCGAGGAAAGAGUCAAAGCCACUGCCCGUCGUGUAGGAUUGGACAUGCCGGCUCGUGCACCGGACGAUCAAGACAAUUGA